AUGCUGCGGGUGCUCCUCCUGUGUACUAUAUUCUCUGGAUCAAACCCAUAUCUGAUCCCUGGGGCCUCCUCCUCAACUGAGGCCUCAUCCAUUGAGACUUACUUCAUUGUAGCCUCCUCCACAGAGACCUACUCCACUGUGACCUCCUCCUCUCCUGUAGCCUUCUCCUCUGUAGCCACCUCCACUGACACCGCCUCCUCUGUAGCCUCCUCCUCCCCUGCGGUCUCAUCCACUAACACCUUCUCCACUGCGGUCUCAUCCACUGAGACCUCCCCAGUGGCCUCCUUUGCUGUGGCCUCCUCCCAAGUGGCUUCCUUGGCUAUGCCCCCUUGCUACAUCUACAAAUCGCGCCGCAACGCAAACUGCAUGGGGAGACAUCUGGCCUCUGUUCCCCAGAACCUUCCACCCACUCUGGAACUCAUCGACCUUUCAUACAACAGUCUCAGUUCUCUACACUCCAAAGACUUUUCUCGUUUCCCCAAACUCCGAGAUCUUCUUUUAUCCUUCAAUAACAUCUCUUUCAUUGGUGAAAAUGCCUUCCAGCACAACAGCCUACUUGAGACCCUGGACAUUUCUGACAACUCCCUUCGACAAAUCCCAGACAAAGCACUGCGUCAUCUCUCAAACCUUCAAUCUCUGGUGAUGAAUAACAAUUUGUUUGAACAAGCGACACUACCAGAAAGCUAUGCUAACUUCCCCAAGCUCCAAGUGCUAGCGAUAGACAUUCUCAGUGAUCUGGCGAACAGGACUUUUACCGAACUACAGUUCUACAAACUGUUUGACCAGACCUACUACACAGGGACAAUGGAUAUUUUCAGGGGCUUGGAGAACAUCUCAGCGUACAGACUGAACCUUUUCAGAGGGAUAUAUAACCAAAACCUUCUAACGAUGCUGCUGCAGAACCUACAGAAAACUCAGAACAUAAAAGGACUGAGGCUGCGGUACAUAGACUAUGCCCAAUCACAUUCAGUUGUGACCAGGGCAGCAGUGUCCAGUAUCACAAACCUCAAACUGGAUCACCUGGAUAUCUGGUAA